ACGCAGUCCCGCCCCUGCGGAGAUCGGCGCUGGGACGGAACCCGGGUUUCUCUCAAACCCGGAAUGUGAGGCCUUGGCCCGCUGUCCCUUGCACUCUAUCCUGCUGUUUCUCCUGACCUGCGUCCGCUGCCGCUGUCCCACAGCUCGCCCCGGAGGCGCCAGGGCAGCCGUGCCCUUCUGCCGUGUGCCCCCGUGGCUGCCGCCACCCCUCCGAAUCCUCCGGAGCCGCAGAGGAGUUCGCUACGGAGGGAGGCGGGGGCCUUCGGGAGGAGGAGGAGGCGGAGGAGGCGGAGGAGGAGGGAAGGAAGAUGGCGGCCGUGGAACUAGAGUGGAUCCCAGAGACUCUCUACAACACCGCCAUCUCCGCUGUCGUGGACAACUAUAUCCGCUCCCGCCGAGACAUCCGCUCCUUGCCGGAGAACAUCCAGUUCGAUGUUUACUACAAGCUUUACCAACAGGGACGCUUAUGUCAACUGGGCAGUGAAUUUUGUGAAUUGGAAGUUUUUGCUAAAGUGUUGAGAGCUUUGGAUAAAAGACAUUUGCUUCAUCAUUGUUUCCAGGCUUUGAUGGAUCAUGGUGUCAAAGUUGCUUCAGUCUUGGCCUACUCAUUCAGUAGACGGUGCUCUUAUAUAGCAGAAUCAGAUGCUGCAGUAAAGGAAAAAGCCAUUCAGGUUGGCUUUGUUUUAGGUGGCUUUCUUUCUGAUGCAGGCUGGUACAGUGAUGCUGAGAAAGUUUUUCUGUCCUGCCUUCAGUUGUGUACUCUACAUGAUGAGAUGCUCCAUUGGUUUCGUGCAGUAGAAUGUUGUGUGAGAUUGCUUCAUGUGCGAAAUGGAAACUGCAAAUAUCAUUUGGGUGAAGAAACAUUUAAAUUAGCUCAGACAUAUAUGGAUAAACUCGCAAAACAUGGCCAGCAAGCAAACAAAGCUGCACUUUAUGGAGAACUGUGUGCACUCCUAUUUGCAAAAAGUCACUAUGAUGAGGCAUACAAAUGGUGCAUUGAGGCAAUGAAAGAAAUCACAGCAGGCUUACCAGUCAAAGUUGUGGUAGAUGUUUUAAGACAAGCUUCUAAAGCUUGCGUUGUAAAACGUGAAUUUAAGAAGGCAGAACAGUUAAUUAAACAUGCAGUGUAUUUGGCACGGGAUCAUUUUGGAUCCAAACACCCAAAAUAUUCUGAUACACUGCUAGAUUAUGGGUUCUACUUACUCAAUGUAGAUAAUAUCUGUCAGUCUGUUGCAAUUUAUCAGGCAGCCCUUGACAUUCGGCAGUCAGUAUUUGGUGGCAAAAAUAUCCAUGUAGCAACAGCUCAUGAAGACUUGGCUUAUUCUUCUUAUGUUCACCAGUAUAGUUCUGGGAAAUUUGACAAUGCACUGUUUCAUGCAGAAAGAGCUAUUGGUAUUAUUACCCACAUCCUACCUGAAGAUCAUCUUCUUUUGGCUUCUUCAAAGAGGGUGAAAGCACUUAUUUUAGAGGAGAUUGCGAUUGACUGUCAUAAUAAAGAAACUGAACAAAGACUGCUUCAAGAAGCUCAUGAUUUGCACCUGUCUUCACUUCAACUAGCUAAAAAAGCUUUUGGGGAAUUUAAUGUACAGACUGCAAAACAUUAUGGGAACCUUGGAAGACUUUAUCAGUCAAUGAGAAAAUUUAAGGAAGCUGAAGAAAUGCACAUCAAAGCAAUUCAGAUUAAAGAGCAACUUCUUGGUCAAGAAGAUUAUGAAGUAGCCCUUUCAGUGGGACAUCUGGCUUCUUUAUAUAAUUAUGACAUGAAUCAGUAUGAAAAUGCUGAGAAACUUUAUUUGCGAUCUAUAGCAAUUGGGAAGAAACUUUUUGGUGAAGGCUAUAGUGGACUAGAAUAUGAUUACCGAGGUCUCAUUAAACUUUACAACUCCAUUGGAAAUUAUGAGAAAGUGUUCGAAUAUCACAAUGUUCUGUCUAACUGGAACCGGUUGCGAGAUCGACAGUAUUCAGUGACCGAUGCUCUUGAAGACGUCAACACCAGCCCCCAGUCGACUGAAGAAGUGGUGCAGUCCUUCCUGAUUUCUCAGAAUGUUGAGGGACCGAGCUGCUGAGGAAUAACCUCAGUUAACCAAUUUACCUUUUCCCAGAUUCCAGGGAAUUCAUACUGUGAAAUCAAAACCAUGUUGUUUUCUGGGGCUGGAAUUUGCAUUGAAACACUGGUCCAGUCCAUUGACCCUAUUUGGGUGAUCCCUAUCUUGCAGAGUGUCUGUAAGAAUAAGCAUAUAUUCAGUUAUAUUCAGCAUGUACCGCAUGUAUAAGUAGUCUGGCCCAUAUUUUCAACUUAGUAGAACAAACAACAGGAAACUUUUCUUUUUAAAAAAUAAUUCAUUUUGCAGAAAGCCUGAAAGAAAAAAAGAACCCCAAAAUAAAACUAUUUAAGAGUUUAAAAGAGUUGCAUUCUUAUUAUGUAAGGAUGAUUUUAACAACUUUUUAACAUAUAAUUCUUCCUUGUGAAGGUAUUCAAUACUGUACUAUAAAGAAAUUUUAUGGGGGAAUCUUUAUAUGCAGUAUAGUAAAGUUAACACAAGUACUAAUAGAAGAGGGACAUCCUGACUUAGGUUUGGCUACCUGACCCAGAGAAGUGAAUACAACCACUCCAGAGCUCUAUUACAAAGGAAGGACUGUCAGAUUCAUCUGUCCUGGACCACUGUUGAUUUGUAAGUAAUUGGAAACCUGAUAGACCAGCAGUUUUAACUCUUCGAUUUUUUUUUUUCUUUUGGUACAACAAUGCAAGAUACUCUGAUAGCAUUUGCUAACAGGACCACGAGGAUCUAAAAAGGACCAGCCUAAUGUAGAAAGGGUUAAGGGGUUAUUUGGACCAGAGGCUUUAGAUUAUUAUUUUAGCCCCUGCCUAUACUUUUAUCAGUAGAAUAAUUUCAUUUAGAUGUAUAAUAAAAAGUGAUAAUGCAAAAAUUAUAUUCAUGUAAUAAACACCAAACUAGGGAAAUUUGGCAAUUUCUUUUGUCGAGGUACACAGAUGGCAGUGCCAUAAGCAAGUCUAUAAAUAUCUGCUGCAGCCAUCCCUCUCAUUUUAAAAGUUACCCUAAUAAUCAAUGCAGUUAACAAGUAUGUUGGCUAAGAGUAAUGAAAUAGUUCUUGUCCGGAUGGGAAUUUUACUUUAGUUACUUUAUGGUUUAUGGGGAUUAAUGGAAAAAAAUGCCCCCAAAUAAGCAAGUCUUAGAAUAUUUCAUUUUUAUGAUAAAUAGUACAACUAGAUAAUUUUACUUGAAAUUCAAGUCAUAUGGAAAGAUUCCCUAAUGAUAUAUCUAUUUUACUAACUUGUCUUUCUGUUUAUUGGGUUUUGAUAUUUUUUUUAAGCCAGUCGGGUUAUUUAAUGGUGAGGUAAUAUUCAAAUUUGAGAAGUGUGACAUGUAGCAAUCCAAGAAAUAAAAAGAUCUUUUGCUGUUACCUCAGUUCUUAUUAUAGUGGCCUAUUUGGUGCCUCUAUAGUUAAGAAUCAGGGUUUUCCCCCUAUUUUCAGGGGUUCAUGACUUGGCUGUUAGAGAUGCUACUCCUGGCUAACGCUUGGAGCAGUCCAAUGGAUGAGUGGAUGUGUGUCGAAUUUUGGUUUUUUUUCAACAUGCACGUUGGGGUGAGGGGGAAAAAAUCUAAACACCAUAUUGAAUACAGAAAAAUUAAUUGGAGAUUCCAGAUAAAUUUGAUUUUGAACUUCCCAUAUAUAACCUUGUUUUCAACUGUUAUUUGCAGGCUUGUUGGUUAUGAGCCAGUGUUUUUAAGUUCCCAGGAGGGGAUUGACCGGGGGAGGUACCUAAACAGAUGAAGCAAGUCCAGAUCCUAAGAUAAUAACUAUGUGAUUUCAGAAUCUGAGUUUAUUCCUGAAAUCAAGUUAUUUUCAGUUUUGAAGAGUGCAUUGGCACACCUGCACCUCUCCCCUCCCAGUUAAUUACAAUCUAAUGUCAAGAGGCACUUCUUUAUUAAUUACCAAAUAGUCUGUGUGACCAAGGACUAACAUUUUUAAGUUACUCAGCUCUAUCCUCACAGGCCUAUGUAUUUAAUACCUCCAAAGACAUUUUCAGGAUAGACUUUGUAUACUUUUGUUGGUUAUUUAGAGUCCUGUGGUAUGUUUGUGGUAUAGGACUGUCAUGGUAAAUUGUUUUUCAAUAAAUAUUUUGAAACUUAUGUUUCUAUAUGAAGUUUUUUUUAAUCUAUAUUUUUUGGUUUUGUGCACAUGUAGUAUUUCCUAGGAUAAAAUCAAGCAAAUUACUUAAGGCCUCAUCCUCUCUAAUUCAGUUUGAACUUAGCUCACUCUCAGUGAUAAAGCAACAUGUUAUUUAGAAGCCUAGGAUCACAGGGUGAUAAUGUUAACUGGCAGCCAGUUUUUUCUUAAAAAAAAAAAUCAUUAUUAGUAGUUUCCCCUUAUUACCACUCCUUUAAUGUAGUUUUUGGAAAUCCAUGCCCUUUGAUUUCAUGCAAAUACUCUAGGUUAAGAGAAGAGAUUUCCAGUUUCUGUUAGCAGUAUAAUUUAAUAUGCUAUUAUUUCUGGUUCUAGUGAAGAAUAAUACCCUAAUAAUUUAAAGUGUAGGAUUUAUCCUUUUAAUAGGGAUGUUUAGGAUAAAUUAGGGAGGUAAAUGUCACCAUCAUUUCUAGAGUUUAAAAAAGUCUCAAAAAUUUACCUCACAAUAGGUAAUAGCUUCCACAAACUUUUCUCAUAUAGUGAGGUUGUGUGUAAGGAAGCCUACACUAACUUAAAGAUUCUUCUGGAAGUUCAGCAAAGUAAUGUUAAAUAAAGGGUCUUUGGUCUCGUCCUCCCUGGCUUCAUUUCUUCUCUCUUAUUCACUCUUUUCCUAAAGUUGGAUGCUACUCAGUUGAGUGCAUCAGGGAGCUCUAUAAUAUUUGUACCACACAGGUGGUCCGUCACUCCUGCAUUCAAUUUAAUGGAGCCAGUUGGGAUUUUAGACCAUAAUGUUUAUGGGUCGCCAAAGCUGACUGCUCAAAGCAUUAGGACCCUCAUUACCAUCAAAGCUCUGUCUCUGCUUAAGAACAAAUUUAAUAUUGCUUUGUGAUAACUCUUGUGUAGUAAUCCCAGUAUGCUUUCACUUGUGAAAAUAAAAGAUUUAACAAAGACUUUUGUUCCUAGGCUAUUUGGGAAGAGUUCAUAAUAUGGUGAAAAUUAAGUGCAAAGGCUGCAAUCUUAUAAAUAAUAAGAGUUGCCACUUGGCUGCUCCGUUUAGUGCAGACAGAACGCUAAACAAUAAACACGUAUCUAAAACAUGAUUGAAGCUUUGGCCAUACUUUUGAAAGAAUGGUUUGCUAAGUAGCAGGUAUAGUUAACUGCUAGUUGAUUUUUUUACCCCCCAGAAUGUGCAACCCUGCUACUUCCAAACUUCUUUUUCUGGAUGGCAAAGUCACUACUGGAAAAAUACUUAUAAGUGCAAACUUUUUUAAAAAGAGUUUUAGUUUUACUUUAAAAAUUGACAUAUUUUACCUCUUGGCUUUGGAAGACCUCAGAUCUUGCUAGGAAAUUCAUUUUUUAAAAACUGACAUUUGGAUUAAUCUAUAGCUUGAACACUAGUAGUUGUAUUGUCCACAAAUCUCAGGAAUGUUUUAGGCAGAAAACUGGUUUUACCCUGUUGGUGAUCUGAAGAAGUGUGCUUUAGGAUUUAUUAAAUAAUACUCUUCUUUACUCAAUCCUAGGUAUUGAUAGCAUGAGUGGCCUUAGUGAGUUUGUUGAAGUGUACAUUUUUUUCAAAAGUAAAAUUUAAGAUUAAAAAUAUAUGCUAUAUAUAGAUAUCUAGAAAACUUGGUUUGUGGUGCACAAGUUAAGUGUUGGAUCACUAAAUAACUUGCAGGUACAAUUUGUGUAACAUUACUCAUUUCUGUAUAUUCCUUUUAUGGGAAGAUAUGUUGCCAUGGUAACUAAAACUUUUCAAUUUAGUUCUACUUUUAUGAUGUGAAUGAAUGCUACAUUUUAUUAAAUAUUACCAGGUCAGUACUAUUUUUAUACUUUAUUAAGUAACGGGAUAUUAGUUUAAUAGACUCAAAAAGGUCUUAAUGAAACAAAAGCAAGUCACUAACAAUUCUUUACAUGAAAAUCCCUACUAAUAGUGCCACAGUAAUUUCUAUAGAAAUAUCUAAGGUUAUUGAUAGGUUUUUUAAAGACAAUUCUUCAUUGUGUCAGAAUGACCUUUUCUUAUCCUUAUCACAAACUUGUAGUGCCCACCAUUAUUUGUAAACCAUUAAACCAUACUAAGUAUGUUUGUAACCAACAUUGUGAUAUAUUCUGUACUUGUAUUGCUAAAAAUGAAUUAUUGACUUAAUAAAUAUAGUGUUCCUGCAUU